UCCGGCAUCGGCUUUAUCAAACAUUUGUUAAUACCUGCAGCAUCAUUGGGAGCUUGAAAAGGUCUAGCCAGUUGUUUUCUUGCCUACACUUCCAUGAUUUGCAGGGAAAAAGUUAUACCGUUGCAUGAAUUUUUAUGCCGUAAUUUGGCGGCUUAUUUGCUUUGUAUUGGCGGGAAACAACAUUUACUUUAAAAAGCGUCCAUACAUACUGACUUGGAGUACAGUAGUUACAUCACUUUUGUAGAACGACUGAGAACAAAUUGGAACCAAGUUGUUUAAAUUUGCUCGAUCUUUGCGGCUACUAAGAUUAUCAAACCGAAUGAGUCGUAUCAAAAAAUAAAAGAUGAUAGAUACAAAAUAAUGCGGGGCAGCAUUUCGUGCAUAUCUAGUUUAUGUUUCAGCCAAACGGUGGCAUCUUUACCAAUAAACUAAGGUUCAUACAAAUCAACUGGAGUAAGAGGUACUAUAGGUUGACACUCUGGCACCUCCUCAUUAGAAUAUUGUUCUUCUUCUUCCUCAAAUACAAUGGACUCACGUCAUUUUGACGGCCGCCCAAUCUUGUUGCUUAUUAUAUUAUCGACCUACAGUUUAACGUGGGUUCCGAACCACGAGAGUUUUUUGUAUGACAAACACUAACAGCCAUGCCCAUGCCAGGAUUCGAACCUGAGACCACACUCGCAUCGUGAACGCUUUGCCCACGGUGCUACCGGGAUCGGCUAGAAUAUUGUUCUAUAUCAGUUUCGUGAAAGCUUUUUUCAGAAAUGGCAUCAGGUAUGUCUGAACCUUCAUUCGACUGAACUUCAAUAUCCCAUGAUACUUCUUCGGACCAUUUUAAAUACAACUCGUUUUUUUUUCAUUAUAGCUGCAAAGAAAAACUACAUGAAUAUCUAAAUAAUAAUAGAAAUAAUAAUAAAAAUACCAAUAAAUACAAUGAUAGAAAUACGAAUGGUUACUUUAAAUAUGUCGGAUAUUGCCCUUUUGUCUAAAUAUGUGCUACAUAUGCAGAGAGGUACAGGGUGUUUCAAAUUCGAGCCACAUCAUUGGGAUUUCGGAAACGGUAAGAGAUACAGGGUCGGUUAAAUUGGGGCAAAGUUGCGUAUUCUUAUGCUUAACAAAAUGCCGUUUUAAAAUUUAAAAAAUUCCGACUACGUACGAAGUUAUUCGGAAAAUACCGAAAUUUUGGAAAAUAGUUUUUAUUUUUUUGUGAGGUUAUUUGAAAACAUAUUUUAAAAUAAUUGACACUUUAUUAUUGUCACUUUUUCUCCUCUACCAGAUGGCGUCGUCAAAUUUAAAAUCCGACGUUUCGUCUUUUGGCAACCAUCAUCAACUUUAUUUUUUUAAACACGGCUCUGGAAUUUUUUUUACUCAUUUUAAUUCCCCUUUUUAUUCUUAGAGAAAUGACAUAUCACAUAGUUUAAUUUUCCAAUAUUUUGAUGUCAAAAAUUUACUUUUAUUAAAAAAAAGUUAAUACUGUCCUGUUGUUUGAAAUAAAAAUUGUCUUGAUGUUAUUUUUCAAUCAAUAACAUGGUAAAAAUAUUGCUAAUAUGUUAUAUUAUAUUAUAUUUUCACAAAUUUUUCUGCAGGCCUGAUGUCUAAGUCUCCGGCUGAAUAACUUGAAAAUUCUUAUUAGCAAAGAUGGCUUUGAAUUAGAAAAAAAUGGACGACCAUCUGUCAUUAAUUGUUUAUAUCUGUUUGACAUUUGGCUUUUUCGAUAUUUUGUGAAAUCAAAAAUGGUAUUCUCCAGUAGCGAACAACGUGAUAUGGUUCAAAUUUACUAUUCUUUGAAUAGAAAUUCGCAAUGCUCCUGCCAACAAUAUCUGGAGCAAUAUCCAGAGCGCCCCCAACCUAAUUAUACGUAUUUCGGAGCUUUGGACAGGAACCUUAGCCUCUAUGGAAGUUUCAUUAAACCUCGAAAUAUGUAUGGGACUCGAGUGCAUCCUGAAACCGAGCAGGCGAUUAUUAAUGCUGUUACCCAAAAUCCGCAAGGUUCAACCAGACAAUUUUCCCGUGAAUUGAAUAUGCCAAGUACCCUUAUCCACAGAGUAUUGAGAAAAAAUCGCUAUCGCCCCUAUAAACUUCAUAUCAGUCAAGAACUUAGGCAUGGAGAUACCGAUAGAAGGCUUCAGUUUUGCAAUUGGUUGAACGAAAAACUGCAAGAUGAUGAAGACUUUUUAAACAAAAUAAUUUGGACAGAUGAAUGUAACUUUUCGACCAACGGGCUAUUUAAUCGGAAUAAUGAACAUUUUUACUCAGUCGAAAAUCCGCCGACAAAACCGCGAAGUAAGAAGACAGGGGCAUAAUUCUUUCAAUGUUUGGGUGGGUCUUUACAGGAAUCGAAUUUUGGGACCUAUUAUAUACGACGGUAAUUUAACUGCUGAGCGCUAUUUAGAUUUAAUUCUGCCAAAUAUAUUCGAUGUUCUUGAAAAUGAACCUCUUGAUAUUAUCCGCGAUUUGUGGUGGCAGCAGGAUGGUGCACCACCCCAUAAUGGAAGGAAUGUCACACGAUUUUUAAAUCAUAAUUUUCCUAAUCAGUGGAUUGGAAAUCAAGGGGUGGUGCGCUGGCCAGCUAGAAGUCCCGAUCUUUCCCCGUUGGAUUAUUUUCUUUGGGGCUAUUUAAAGAACAGACAAUUUAAGAACAUCCCAAAUGAUAUAAACAUUUUACGUGCAAAUUUAUUGACAGAAUUAAGGGGUAUACGAGCCAGGACUAUCCAGCGGGCAGUGUCUGGAAAUUUACGUAGAAGGAUACAGAAAUGUAUUGAGGUGCAGGGUCAACUAUUUGAAUAUUUACAUUAAACUUAAAAUAUUGCAUUUUUUCGCAUUAAGUUCU